AAAUAAUUCCACCCUUCAGUGUGCAAGGGUGCCUCUGCUGCCCCUUGUCUAAAAACCCCACUGCAGAGAAUAAUUGCCAGCUGGAUUAACUGCCAGUACCUGUUGGAAAUCUAAUUCUCUCUAAACUGGUUUUACCCGGAAAACUGGAGCAGCCCAGUUGGAUUUGUGCAUCUGACCUGAUCAUGCCUAUGUGCUGUAUGUAAGCCUGACCGGGCGGAGUUAAAGCGACCACUGAGCCUCGGGAAAGGAGAGGAGAGGAGAGGAGAGGAGAGAGGUUUUUUAAGGAAGCCCGUGUGGGUGAGUUUAUGUGACUUAUCCUAGAAAGCAAACGAUUCCUGGUGGACAAGUCAUGCAUACGCAAGGUUUUCUGCUCCAGAUGUGAAGUUCAGGGUUAUACCUCAAGGCGUGUCAGAGAUGGAAAUCGCACAGGCAGCUUGUUUUUAACCUGGCCCUUGUUACCCAGGCUGUGAUGAACGAGUGAAUGAUCUGUCGGGCUUGUGCACUCCGAGGCUGAAAGCGCGCACUGCAGCGGUGCCAUGGCGGGGGCGGCUCUGGCGGGUCUCUCCGUCAUGCUCGGUGCGGGUUUCCUCGCCUGGGACUGGUCGAGCCAGAACCAGGUGGAGAAUGAUCCCGCGGCAGCGAACCCCCUCAGACCACCGCACAUCAUCUUCAUCAUGACAGACGACCUGGGUUUCAACGAUAUCGGCUACCACAACCCUGACAUGCGCACACCCACGCUGGAUAAGCUGGCGGCGGAUGGAGUGAAGCUGGAGAAUUACUACGUGCAGCCGAUCUGUACACCUUCCCGCAGCCAAUUCCUCACCGGCCGGUAUCAGAUCCACACGGGUCUCCAGCAUUCGAUCAUCAGGUCCCGGCAGCCCAACUGUCUACCUUUUGACAUGGUCACCCUGCCGCAGCGCCUCCAGGAGGCCGGCUACUCCACACACAUGGUGGGUAAAUGGCACCUGGGCUUCUACAAGCGUGACUGUCUCCCCACUCGUCGUGGCUUUCAUACCUACUUUGGCUCGCUGACAGGCAGCGUGGACUACUACACGUACGACUCCUGUGAUGGUCCAGGCAGGUGUGGCUACGAUCUCCAUGAAGGUGAAACAGUGGCAUGGGGAUAUCGGGGAAAAUACUCGACACAUCUGUACACACGCAGAGUGCGGAAGAUUCUGGCAUCGCACAAUCCAUCAGGACAGCCUCUGUUUAUUUUCCUGUCCUUCCAGGCUGUUCACACUCCCUUACAGUGUCCUAAGGAGUACAUCUAUCCGUAUCGUAGCAUGGGGAAUGUUCAUCGGCGCAAAUAUGCAGGCAUGGUCUCAUCCGUGGACGAGGCAGUACACAACGUGACAUAUGCGCUCCGGAAAUAUGGUUAUUACCGCAACAGUGUGAUUAUCUUCUCUACAGAUAACGGGGGCCAGCCUUUAUUUGGAGGAAGCAACUGGCCACUCAGGGGCAGGAAGGGGACUUAUUGGGAAGGUGGCAUGCGUGCAGUGGGAUUUGUCCACAGCCCACUUCUCAGGAGACGGAGGAAAGUCAGUAAGGCACUGGUUCACAUCACUGAUUGGUACCCAACACUUGUGCGCCUGGCCGGGGGGAAUGUAUCCCAAAUGCAUGAGCUAGAUGGGUAUGACAUGUGGGACACGAUCAGCGAGGGCAAGGAGUCCCCACGCUUCGAGAUCCUCCACAACAUCGACCCACUGUAUGUGCCUUCACGCCACGGCUCACUCCGGGGCGGCUAUGGCAUCUGGAACACUGCUGUACAGGCAGCAGUGCGAAUGGGAGACUGGAAGCUGCUGACAGGAGAGCCGGGUUAUGGAGACUGGACGCCACCGCAGGUGUUAGGAAACUUCCCAGGUGGCUGGUGGGAUCUUGAGCGUCACGCCGAAGCCCGCAAAUCACUAUGGCUGUUCAACAUCACAGCUGAUCCAUAUGAGCGCUACGACAUGGCUGAACAGAGGCCUGAUGUAGUAAAACAGCUGCUGGCCAGGAUAGCAUUUUAUAAUCGCACAGCUGUGCCUGUGCGCUACCCUGCUGAGGACCCAAGGGCAGAUCCGAGUCUGAAUGGAGGGGCAUGGAGGCCCUGGGCCGGGGACAAGGAAGCAGACAGCUGGCACCCAGUUUAUCACAGGAGGAGGAAUGACAAGAAUAAGAAACUGAGCAAAAUGAGGUCGUUUUUCAAGAAACUGAACACAAAGAUUAUGUCUAAUAGGAUAUAAGUGGUAUACAUGUGAUAAAUGUGAUUUCCUUCAUAACCUUUUCAAAAAUUCAGAUGAAAGUCUUUUGUUUAAUUACUCAUUACGAGCUUCUCAUGGCUAAUUUUUUUGCCUGUUUGACUGUAUGUUAUUACAUACUCUACCUCUUGAUUUUUUUUUUCUGCUCAUAUACUUUGUAAGGCCCUACACUCUUAGAAAAGGGUUCCUCAGCUGUCCCUUUAUGGGAACUCUUAAACCUUCUGUGUAGAACCCUACAACACUGCUUCCCUUUUAGAAAUGGUUUGAAGCAGAGCCUAUUUAGGCUGCUAAGAACCCUUUAUUAUCCUAUAAACCCUUAAAAGGCCCUUGAAGAACCCUUUUUUCUAAGAGUUUACUGCAUUCCAGAGUGUACAACCUAAAAAAAAAAAGGACUGAAGAAUUACUGACUGAUUAAUGUAGUGAAUGAAGGAAUGCAUUUUUUGCGGUCUACUUUAGACAAUCUCGCAUACACCACAUUAAAACGUGUAACUCUGUGGAUUAAUACAAAACAAAACAUUGUUUACUUGGACCAGCUGAUUCUCAUUUGUUUAUGUAAUUCCUUUUUAAAUGAAAUGUUUACUGUUAUCAACUACUCACCAUACAUCAUAGUGUUUGGCAUAGUAUGUGCUGUGAGUGUUCUGCAUGCAUUGAUGGGAGAUCUUUGUAAUAAAAAUAACACCUGUGCUUUCACAGACAUGA